AUGGCGUCUGCGACGUCUGAUCUAGUGCUGGAUACCAAGAUCCACGUCGAGCUUCGUUCGGGCUACACGCACCGCUUCUCGAUCCGGUCGGAGAAUGCGCCGGGCAAGUAUGUUCGACGCCAGCACAGAGAAGAUAUUUGGAGACAGGAAAACAUACUGGGAACUGGGUCCUAUGGAAGUGUUUGGUUGGAACGGUGUUUGACUAGCCCUGAUGCGGCAGAGCUCCAGGCUGUUAAAACAAUCGCGAAGGCCAUGAUCGUUCGAGACGGCAUAAAUUACCAUGAAGAGCUAGAAGCGAUUGCGAAAUUUUCACAGAAGAAGUACGACGGACUAUUUGUGAGAUUUAUUGGAUGGUAUGAGAGUGACGCGGCUGUCUUUAUUGCAAUGGAACAUAUUCAAUAUGGCGAUCUCGAUUCUCACCUGAAAGCUCCCCUGCCCGAGGGACAAGUGCAAGAAAUCACUGUGCAGGUCUGCGAAGGUCUUGAAGCGCUACAUAGUAAUGGAUUUGUCCAUCGGGACCUCAAACCAGCAAAUAUAUUUGUGGUCCAGAAGGGCCCUGACUGGUGGAUCAAGAUUGGAGAUUUCGGGUUCAGCAAACGCUAUGAUGGAAACCUCGGUCUCCAGUCUUUGGUUGGCACUAUGCUAUUUCUCGCCCCGGAGAUACGAGGUCUAAAUAAUGGCAAGCAACCAAGAACUCAGAGGAGAUAUACCGAGAAGGUUGAUAUAUGGGCACUUGGAAUAACGGCCUUUUACAUGAAGUUUCAUUCCUAUCCUUUCAACUCGCUUGAUGAAUUAUCGGCAUAUGCCGAAGGCCCAAGGUCUAACAUCUUCCCGAACCAAGCCGUUUUGGGGAGCACAGACUUUGAUCGUUUUAUAAUGGAUGUUCUCUCGUCAGACCCGGCCAAACGGAUAUCUGCUAUUGAAGCUCUGCAACACACCUGGCUUCGGAAUCGUUCGUCUCGCCUGGCCUCUGAUAUAUCUAAGAUGAGUUUCAAGGGGGAUUCUGGAAGAUCCCUGCUCCUUUCAGAAGGGGAUUUUAAAAGCUGGAACUCGACGGAGCAAUCAACACAGCUCUCAAUGGAAACAUCUACUUUGCCUUCAUUGGACAAACACUGGCAAGGGAAUCCAGCAACAGCACUAUCCACACUAAAGGAGAAAGAACAAGUCAUGCCAAAAGAGUCUGUCCAACACAAAUCUUCUUCCUCGAUAUCACCGAGGGGGCGGCGGGAAAACUUCUUCUCUAAAAUAUCUCAUCCGCGAAGGUCUCAAAAGAAUAUUUUCCGUCCUAACGAACAACUAGUAGCAGGAGUGACUCAAGAAAAAGAAAGCGUAUUAGCUGAUUUGCACGCACUUUUUGAGAGUGGGAAAUAUUUCGCUGACAAAGGCGAACACAGCAAAGCCCUAGCUAACUUGCAAAAGGCUGCCGAUGGACGCGGCCAACUCCUUGGUUCUAGAGACCCCAAGACCCUUGAAGUGUUAUUUUGGGUUGGCAGAAUUCAUUUGAGUAUGAAAGAUUACGAUAAAGGUUUUGACAUAUUGAAAGAUGUCUUAGAGAUCUUUAACACGUCUUUGGAUGAAUUUGACGAAGAAAGGUUGAGUUGCCUGUUCUGGAUAGGCAAUGGCUACAACUCACAAGCAAGGGAUCUUGGAGAACAGCAACCCAGCCGUGAGAGGGAUCAUCAAAUCAAAUGGAGUAACACGAAAGCUGCUCGCUACCUACAAGAAGCUGCGGAUGGAUAUGCCGCACGGGGCGCAAGAGAUCCGAAUGUCCAAAUAGUCCUCGGGAUCGCAUUGCACUCACUUGAAAGAUACUAUGAAGCCCAAGAAGUAAUGGAAUCGACUCUACAGAUAAUAGACGCCGAAGAUGGUCCCUAUCACGAGAGGACGUUUGGUGCUAUAUACCGGCUUGCCUUAACACAUGCCUAUCAAAGGAACUACGAAGACGUACAUCGACUUAUGGACGACCUGAUCAGCAAGAAGGAGUUCCUGUAUGGAAAAAACCACGCGAAAACUAUCGAAAGCUUGAGUGACUUGGAGUGGAUGAUGACGCUUUGUGGGAAGGCAGAUGAGGCAUCGUUUUUCAAAAAAGAGAUUGACAACAGAAAAAGAGGGUUGGGGAGUUAG